AUGGCCGUCAAGGCCCCCAAAAACAUCCGCCCGCUGAACCGGUACAUAACAACCCACAAUAGCGCCGGCCAAGCCGUCUUCUCAAGCACCCUCUCCGAACAAAUGCCAGUUCAACGCCUAGCCGACGGCGCAGACUUUAGCCUAGCCUACACAUCUGACCACUUCCCCGCGCAACUCAACAACGAAGCCGACAUCAGCGAGUACAGCGCUUACCUCUCAACUCCACCGGGAAUUACAAUCUCCACCGGCAACGUGUGCCGCAUCGUGGACAUGCAGCCCGGAGCCCUGAGUCCCAUGCACCGCACCGUGAGUUUGGAUUACGGAGUUGUGCUGGAAGGAGAGGUUGAACUUGUGCUUGAUUCCGGUGAGACGAGGCUGUUGAAGAGGGGGGAUGUUGCCGUGCAGCGGGGAACAAAUCAUGCUUGGAGGAACGUUACGCCCGACCUUGUCGAUGAGAAGGGGCGGAGAGAGCCGCAGUGGGCGAGGAUGCUUUAUGUUCUUGCGCCGGCGACGGAGAUGGAGGUUGGGGGGAAGAAGUUGGGGGAGGUUGUUGAUGGGAUUGGGGUGCGGGCUAGUACUUGA